GCUGUACUUUGGGUGCGUUCCACUAAGCGCUCACGACGAUCAAAAUUCUCCUUUAGCCAUUCCACAUACCGACCGCGGUCGUUGUGGUCACGGCGAAAACGUCACUCAUGACGUCAUGACUAAUGCUCACGCAAGGCUCACAACGACCCAUCUAAAGAGGUGGGUCAAAGUGAACGUUGAGAAUAAUUCGGCGCAAUUUUUGAAAUUGUUUUUGAAAUAUGAUAUUCAAAGCUUAAAGAUGGCGACAAGAAAAAUAACAUUAUAUGAUUCUGAAAGAGAAAUUGUAGUAGAAGCUAUCGUUUCUGAAGCUGAAGCUGCUCGUGCAGAAAGAGAUGUAUUUUUUGCAACUGAGCUGUUAAGAAAAAUUAUUAAUCAAAAUUCUGAAGCUUCCGCAUCUGUUGAAGUUGAUCAAGAAUCUAGUGAAUUAUACGAUGAAGAGACUUCAGAGAGUUUUAUUGGAGAAGAACGACUUGAUAGUGAUAAUCUAACCGAUCUCAACUCUGAAACUCCAGAAUUUGAAGGAGAAACUUCAGUAUACAGGUGGAACUCACUCUGCGUAUUAUUAUUAUUGGAAUUAUAUAGGUCUAUGGAAGAAACUCUGAACAGUGGAAAAAUUUCUCAAAAACAAGUAUGGAAUAAAAUAUCCCAAGAUAUGAAAAAAAAAGGAUACGAUGUGACGGGACCGCAAUGUCAUUCUAAAAUAUUCAAUUAUUUCUUCACUUUUAACAUAAAUAAAUUUAAGUCACAAAUAUUAAAACUUAUUGUUUAGGAUUACCUAACCUCCUUAAACUUCUACUAUUUUCAAACUUGCCAUUUGUAAUAUUUACAUGAACGCCCGAAACGCUCCAUAAUCCAUUCCACUUGAGUUAACGACAGUAACAUUCACAAUCAAGUGGAAUGGGGAAAUCAGCGGUCAUGAGCGUGAGCGUUGUGAACGCUUAGUGGAACGCACCCUUUGUCAGUACAUAUAUUUUAUAUAUGAUACAGUCGACGCUCUCUGUAUUGGACCUCUCUGUAUUUGACCA